AUGUCGUCUAUCCAAAGAACUAAUUACUCCACCUCAUUUGAUGUAACUCCUCCACAAAUUCGAUUCGAUCCAAGAUACUAUCCAUUUUUUAAGAAUUGUGUUGGAGCUAUAGAUGGGACUCAUAUUUCUGCGCAUGUUCCAAUUGAUGAACAAAUACCAUAUCGAGGUCGAAAAGUGGAUACAACUCAGAACGUUAUGUGUGUAUGUUCAUUUGACAUGAAGUUCACAUACGUUGUCCCUGGAUGGGAAGGAUCAGCUAAUGAUGCACGGAUUCUUCUAGAAUGUGCCACAAACCCAGAUUAUGGAUUUCCAAUGCCGCCCCAAGGAAAAUAUUAUCUUGUUGAUUCUGGCUAUACAAACAUGCCUGGUUUUCUUUCGCCAUUUCGAGGGGAAAUGUAUCAUUUGGGCCAGUACACAGAUCUUAAUCCCAUAGGAAAAAAAGAGUUUUUCAAUUAUCGACACUCUUCCUUGAGAAAUGUCAUUGAGCGGUGUUUCGGCGUGUUAAAGGCCCAUUUUCCAAUCCUAAAGCAAAUGCCUUCAUAUGAUCUAAGAAUAAAAAAGUACAUUGUCAUUGCUUGCUGUGGGAUUCAUAAUUUUAUAAGGACAAAUACAGAAGCAGAUGUAUAUUUUGAUAGAGGUGAAGGAAUUUCUGAAGUACAGGCCACUACUUUACAAAGCACGGAUGGAACUUUGACUGAUAGUGUAGAGUUCAGUAUUUCUAGAACUCAUAUAUGUGAAAUGGCUCAUGUUCGUGAUGAAAUUGCUGACCAUAUAUGGAGAGCUAGUCGACGAUAG